CGGGCUUUGAACGACGGAGAUAUUUUCCUACUUGUGUGUCAUUUUGCUCUGGCCUAUAUUAUCUGCUGGGAGUAGCUUGUGUUGUGUUUCCAUAUUUCCUUUUAACUUUCUCCAAGUGUCUAUUUAUGUAUAUACAAUAUCACUCGAAACGAAGCCAUGGCUGAGAUCAAGCCCCCAUUUACCCAGGAGACUGCGAGAAACAAAGUUAAGGCAGCGCAGAAUAUGUGGAAUACACAAGAUCCGGUUCGAGUUUCAAAGAGUUACACGCCCAACUGUAUCUGGCGCAACCGGACGUCUUUCUUCUCCGGAACUGAAGCUAUAAUUGCCUUCUUGAAAGCAAAAUGGAAUCGUGAACACAGUUAUCGACUCCGAAAAGAGCUAUUUGCCUUCACGGAUGACCGAAUCGCGGUGCAGUUCUGGUAUGAGUAUCAGGACGCCGAGGACGGGAUGCGCUGGAAGAGGUGCUAUGGUCUCGAGGACUGGACUUUUGACUGGCAGACGGGGAAGAUGUGCAAGAGGAUGAUGAGUGGGAAUGACAUGCUCAUCGGCCCUGACGGUAAUGGAGACGGUAGGUGGUUUGUGGAUGGUGCUGACGUGGAAGAUGUCUCGAUUGGAGAGGAACAUUGGUGAAUAGCUUUUCCAAGAAAUAAAUAAGAUGGACCAGUUAUAUAAAUG